AUUUCUUGGUACCUCUCUCUCUCUCUCUCUCUCUCUCAGCAUGCGGUCAUUGCCAGAAAGAAACGAUAACUUUAGUAGAAACUCUUACUCGCCUUCAAAAUCCUCUUCUUCGUGUUCCUCCCUCUCACCUCAGGAAGUAAAUCCUUCAUCACCCAGAAAAUCCAUGGAAGACGUUUGGAAAGAUAUAAACCUAACAUGUCUUCAAGAAUGCCCCAGCAGCACAAACCACACUGCUUUGCCUCCUGGUAUGAUCCUUCAAGACUUCUUGGCUAGACCCUUCAACAAAGACCCGCCAACUGAACCCUCCUCUGAUAGGGGCACAGAUUUCCUAAAUUCUUUAGCGACACGACCUGCCACUAUGUUAAGUUUGAAUUCUGGGUCUGAUUUUGAAAUUCUUGAAAGUGGUACUGUACCCAGAAGGCCAAACCCUCAGUUGCAUAGUCAUGCGAGAGUUGACACACCCUCUUUUGGCUCUUGGCUAAUCUCUCCCUUUGAUGCUCUGGGUUCUUCAUCGGUCUUUCCUUCCAUUUGCCAGAAAAGGCUUCAAGAAACUCACAACAACUCUACUGAUCGGAGACACAAACGAAUGAUGAAGAAUAGAGAAUCAGCUGCUCGGUCCAGGGCUAGAAAGCAGGAAUCUCUCUCUCUCUCUCUAUCAAAAAGAUGUUCUCUUUACUUAAAAAUAAAUGACCCAUGUAAUGUUUUAGUGACAUUUUUUAGUGGGUUUCUUUUCAUCCCCUUUUUAAAACAUGUUCAGGCUUACACACAAGAAUUGGAACUCGAAGUAGCACAUUUAGCGGAAGAGAAUGCUAGGCUAAGGAUGCAGCAAGAAAAGUUCCUGGCAGCUCCUGCUCAGCUUCCAAAAAAGCACAGUCUCUGCAGAACCUCAACAGCUCCAUUUUGAGAAAUACAUCUCUUUCAAGCUGUCCCAAGGACGGGAGGAAAAGUUGUUUGAAUCCAGGACACUCUGUGGGCAUUUUGUUUCCUUUAUUUUUCCAUAGCAUAUAUUCCUUGGCUUUCCUUUCCUAUCUGUACUGUAUUGCUUCUUUUCUCUUCCCCAAUGAGGAUGCUUGGCUUGGAC